GGACGCAAGUGAUAGAUGUGUGCAGAAGGAAAGCAAUUUAGUGUCGUUUAUUUGCUUGAUCAAAACGCGCUUUCACACUCCCAUUUUCCGCACCGCCCUCUCAGGUCUGCACUCACCCACGCUGCAGUUUUCAAGAGAAAUAGCCUCGUCACAGUUAUUUGUGUGGUUUCUUGUGUCAACUUCAAGGCUUGGAUCACCCGACCUUUGCUAGUCCUGAUGUAUGGAUCAUCGAGUAUAGACAACAGCAUGGACUUUGAGAGCCCUGACGUCGAGAGAGAGUUUCCAGGCCUCUAUGGCUCUGAGUCCUCGAGGCGAAGCGACAGUGACUACGGGGACAGCGGUCAUGAGCGUGGUGGAAAGAAGGAGCUGCUAAGAAGUAAAAAGAAGGACAAGAAGGAUAAGAAUAAAGACAAAGGGUACGCUGCCUUGGGUGAGGACAGCUCUGCAGAUGAGAUGGAUCUCUCCGACACCAAGAGUCCCUUAAAGCCAAAGAAACCGAAGUCUUUCAAGUUUCUACACAAGAGAGAGAAAGACAAAGAGGAAAAGGAGAGGGACCGAGACGAGAAAAGAGAGGAAAAGAAACGAGAAGAGAAGAAGAAAGAGAAAGAAGACAAGAAGGAGGAGAAGAAGAAAGAAAAGGAAGACAAGAAAGGUGACAAGAGAAAAGAGAAGGAAGAGAAAAAGGGUGACAAGAAGAAGGAGAAGGAGAAGGAGAAAGAGGAGAGGAAAAGAGAGAAAGAGGAAAAGAAAAGGUCCAAAAAAGAUAAAAAGAAAAAGCAUGACGAGGCCUAUGAAGAAGAGGAGCUGCCUGUGUUUGGGGUCCCACUUUCCAUGGCAGUCGAGAGAUGCCAGAGUCACGAUGGCAUUCAGCUCCCUGUCAUUGUCCGAGAGUGUAUUGACUACAUUGAAGAGCAUGGACUACACUGCGAGGGUAUUUACCGUCUCAGUGGAGUAAAAAGCAAAGUGCAGCACCUCCGUCGUCAGUACAAUUCAGGGGAUCCAGUCAAGUUAGCAGACCAGGAACCUCACGUCGUUGCCUCGCUUUUGAAGCAGUAUCUCAGGGAACUACCAGAACCGGUGCUAACAGUGGACAUGAUGCCUCAUUUUGAAGAUGUUGCCAUGAUUCCCAACCCAGGCGAGCGGGCUGUGGCCAUGAGACAGCUGAUAGACAGGCUGCCCACUGCCAAUAGAUUGCUUCUUCAAUACAUGUUCAAGCACAUGGGCCACAUAAUUGCACGGGAGAAGGAUACAAAAAUGACAUACCAGAAUGUGAGCAUAGUCCUGUCUCCAACUAUGCAGAUCUCGCACCGAGUUUUGAAUGUAUUAUUCUUGAACCAUGCUUUCCUCUUUGGCAAUGUGGUAAUCAAAAAGUACUUCCCACCCAUCCAGAGUUCCAGUGGUGAACGGACCAUAGAUCAGCUGCGCACAGUUGCAGAAAUUGAACACGAGAUAAUGAAACAGGAAUCUUUAUUGGGAAGCCUACAUGCUCAGAUUGCAGCCGGGAAUGUCUCACGGAGAAAAGAAGAAAGACUCUGGGAAGCACAGAGGAUUGUUACCCUACUGAAGAGAAAGCUCAGAGCAGCACAGAGACGAGAAGAAGAGGAGAAAAGCGGUGGUAAGAAUAAUAAACUGUCUGUUGAACAUGAAAAAGAAUCAACUUCUGAAGACUCGCAGAGAGAAACAGAAGUGGAAAAGGACGAAGAGUCACCCAAAGAACCUGCUUCAGAUGACUCAAAACAUGGUAGUGAGAGUGAACAUAGUAGUGGUGUAUCUCAGAAAGCCUCAAAAUCUGAAAAUGUAACGGUGGUUAGUGUUAGUGUGGACGCUGCUCUUACUAAUGACAGAGAAAGAAAGAGGAGGAAGAGAGUCCUCGCAGUAAAGAUGAAGACAGAGAGAAGACACGAGGAUCAAUCUCAGAGGGAAGUGUUAGAGAAGGACCCGUCAGUGAAGGAAACAGCAGUGUUGCGACUGCCUCCAGCUCAGCCCCACAAGCUAGUGAUUCCAGCCCUUCCCAAGCCAGUGUCUGCGAGAACUGAGAGAAGCAAAAUCGCCCAGGCACAGCAACAUGAAACCAGAAUAGAAAAGGCACACGAAAAGCCUAUCACAGCAGUGUCAGAUACCACACCAGCAGAUGUGUUAGAUGGAGGGGACAGGACCACAAAGGAACCUAGUAGAGUAGAGGACCAGAGGGGACACAUUACAGUCAUUCAGGUCGGCAACAUAGCCAUGGAAGGGGGAGUCGAUCCCUCUGCACCCCCGGCUGAGCAGACGCAGGGGAUGGCUACACAGCGGCCAGAGAUGAGAAGAUUGACUGUAGACAAGAUACCGUUGCGAGAAACACGGAGCUUAGAUGACUGCAGAACUAAAGGGGAUAGUGAAUUGCUGACACUGCUUGCACAAGAAGCCAUUGUUCAGGCAGAGCACGAAGAGUUACUCUCAAUGAACCACGAUCUCAUGCGCAAACUCCAGGCUGAGAGAGCGGAAAUGAUGAGAUUAAGGGAUGAGAUCCAGGAGAUGCAGACACUUUACGGAUACAGAACUUAUUCCUACGAUAGCAGUGAGAGUGAAGGCAGUGAAAGUGAUGGAGAGAGUGACACAGAAGAGGAGAUGCUAAGUCAGCUCACUGCUGUCACAAAAGCCAAUUCUACAAUUCAGGAAGAAAAUGUCGCCCUCACCAGACGCAUCCAAGAGGAGCGUGAGGCAGUGGUGCGGCUCAGGGUCCAGCUGCAGCAGGCACACAAGUCUGUCACUCACCAUCCCCCAGUUCCUCCUGUCUGCUAAUGUGGAACACAUCCUUGCCAAGAAAAACAAAAAACCCACCUAAAGAUACACUGAGAUUCUGACAAGCUCGUUGGUCGAGCUUUUCCAUAUAUGACUGUGAGUGUAUAUAUGUUUGUGGGUCUGUAUAUGCACACACACACACACACACAAAUACACACAUACACACACAAACGCACACACACACACAAACAAACACACACACAAACACAAACAAACACACA